ACUUCGAAUGUGGAUGAAUUGUGAGACCAUCCCAGACCCUCAUCCUAAACGAGAGACAUCAAGGACGGUAACUAUAGCCUCUCAAGGUACCCAGGCUUGUGUUGAGGAGCUGGGAGUUACUGGAACCUCAGAAAGAACGGAUCUAGACACACAGGAUACCCAGGCAGGAAGCCACGAAAGGGUAGUUACUGGAGUAAAGCGUAAGGCGGUGGAGCCUGUUAUAUCCGCUGGUCUACAACGAGCAGGAAGGUCAGAAAACGUCGAAGAAGCAGGUGUUGGAAGCGAUGUUGUACCCAACUCACAACGAGUUAUGAAUUUCAUCGCACACAAGUACUUUCAGACAGUUGACACAACCAAACCAGAGGAACUGAGUGCUUUUCUACAGUAUUUAAGAGAGGUACGCAAAGUUCUGGUCCUGGAUUCUCAGACAGGAAGUUUGAUAUUAACAGUACUAUGUACUUCACUGGAGAUACUGGACGCCCUGUGGUAUGACUAUUGCACAGGUCACCUGAAUGAUAUGGCACAGAAAUAUCUUGUGACAAAGGACYUUCUGAAGGAGUUUGACCUUAUUGAGGUGAAUAUGACGACAACUAUUCAGAUGGAGGAUUACAUGGCGGCACGAAAGUGUUUUUUGCAGGGUUCAGAUUAUGGUCCAUUUGGCAUGAAUAGUAGCAGAAGUAUGGAAAUCGGCCGAGACUCAACAUCCUUGGAAAAUCUCGACGAUAUCCCACGAGGACCACUCGAAAAAGGUUCAGUUAGCUUACCGCAGAGUCACCCGGAAGGAGGUCUUCGAGGUGGCGUGCAAAUCUUUUUGACAUUACCCAUUGGAAAAACGAUCACUUUGCAAGUGAAACCCUCAGACCCGGUCGAGAGUGUGAAAGCUUUUAUUCAACACAAAGAAGGAAUCCCACUGAUUCAGCAACGUCUGCUCUAUGCCGGUAAACAACUUGAAGAUGGCCGUACUUUAGGUAGCUACAAUGUUCAGAGGGAAUCAAGUUUACACUUACUUGUAAAAAUUGGUAGUGCCAUGCAAGUCUUUGUGAAAACAUGUACUGGAAAGACGAUCACUUUGGAAGUGAAACCCUCAGACACCAUAGAGAGGCUGAAAGAGAAAAUUCAAGACAAAGAAGGACUGCCACCUGAUCAGCAAUGUUUGGUCUGGUCUGGUAAGCAACUUGAAGAUGGCCGUACCUUCAGUGACUACAAUAUCCACAGAGACGCGACCUUGCACUUAACUUUUAAUAGUGGUAUGCAAAUCUUUGUGAAAACACUGACUAUGAAGACGAUAACUUUAGAUGUAAAACCCUCAGACUCCACAGAGAAUGUGAAAACGAAAAUUCAAGACAAAGAAGGGAUCCCAGCGGGUCAGCAAGGUCUCGUCUAUCGUGGCAAGCUACUUAAAGAUAACCGUACUUUGAAGGACUACAACAUUCAGGAGAAAUCGACUUUACACUUAAUUAGAAUACUAUGCAGUCUUCAUAUCACGGUGUAGUUUCCCAGUGGAAGGAAGAGAUCUUUAGAUGUCUCACCAAGAGAUAAUUUUGAGAGCGUGAAAAAAAUAAUCCAUGAUAGAGAAGGGAUUCCCAUUAAUCAACAACGCCUUAGCUUUGCUGGAAAAGAUCACCUUCCUCUGAGUGAAUACCACAAUCAGACUGAAUUUACCUUACGACUGGAUGUGAAACAUCAGAGUAAUAGGCUUCAUCUGAAGACACAAUCUGGAAAGAUGACGAUCACAAUGGACACUGUAUCGGGAGAUAACAUCCGGGACGUUAAAAGGAGAAUAACAGAAGAGAUGGGAACACCGGCAAAUCAGCUACAACUCAUGUUUGACAACCAGGAACUUAAAGCUGAACAGUGCAGUUUGGAAAGCUACCACAUCACUAGAGAUUCAGCCGUCGAACUUGUUAUCAGAAGAAAACAUUUUAUCAAAAUACACUCUCACGUAUAGAAGCAGAACGGUUUUAAAAUCGUAAGAGAUGCAUAACCGGAGGAUAACUUCACAAAUAUAAAAGGGAAAAUUAAGGACAUAACAACAACACCGGUAAAAGAGCAAGUGAUCAUUUUUGAUGACAGAAUAUUCGAAGGUGACAACAAACUGAGCGAUUUUGAUAUAGAGCAUGAAUUCGCGCUGUCUUUGAUCACACUUCCGACACUCACAACAAUUGCACCGUAAGUUGAUUGGAUUAAGCUCACCAAAAAUCCUAAAUUACGGUGCCACAUUUUGGAGGACAACGAGAUUUUACCUGAUAUCACCGGUACCCCAACCUGGAAACGAGAGUGGAAUGAGUUAAACGCGAUGUUUCAUGAUCAUUGAACCCAUUCAGCUCGUUAGAUAAAUGUGAUCAUGAAGAUAGCGCUGAUCAGGGAACAAUUUUUGAGCCUGCAUUUAGUUCCGAGAUAGCCAAUCAAUAUGGGAUAGUUUCUUGCAUGUAGUUAAGAUCGUGACUCAAAUAGAUAUUUCAAAUCAGUUUCCGAGUGAGGACUGGAACUUAUCAUUUAUCACUCGGUAAAGGUCCAUAAUAUAGACGGAAAUAAUAGGCUCCAAUCCUUACUCGGAAACCUGAUCUAGGUCACGACCUCGUAGUUAAGCUGUUGUGACAGGAAACAUUUUAACUACCAUGGGAGGGGGAUGUUCGGAGGUUUCUGGUUGUGUCUUAAUAAAUUAUCUGAUCCCCUCCAUAA